AUGAGUCACUCAGAAUACUUUGCGGCCCUCACGAGUUCAGGAAUGUCUGACUCGAAGCAUGUUCAGUUGGUAGAUUUUCCGGGUGGAGAUACAACGAUGGAUUUGCUAGCUGACUUUUGCUAUCAGAUUGCUAUUGAUGACAAACUGACUGUAGACAACAUUGGUCACGUGAUGUGUGGUGCUCACUACCUUCGGAUGAACGCGUUUGCCACUGUGUUUCUUCCAGCUGUAAGGAUGAUGGCUGACAGCAAUAUGUCAAACUGCUGGAAAAUACUAGCACAAUGUGCGGACGUUAUGCACAUUGCUAAUGAAACGAAAGUAGCCGACACGUGCGUUUCGUCUUUGAUUAGUCAUUGGCACAAAGUUAACUGGACAUGUAGUGCCAUUUCGUCUAGAAAACAGUUUAAUAGAGGACAGCAGUGUCUUAAACCUGUUGUACAAAGCGUGUACAAAUGGGUGGUAAAAAUGUCUUCACUUCCUACAGAAUGGAUUAGCAACAUUUUAGCAGUAGUAGCUAAAAAUCCGCCGAAGAGCUGGCGAGAGAUGCCAUGGGUACUGACUGGUCUGUUUCUCAAUGUUCUCAUUUCUCAAGAAUCUCUAUCUGGCGCCCAAUUUCUCUCCUUGCUUACUUUAGGAACAACAGACAAAUUAACUACUUCUAGAGAUCUUUUCGACCUUACAUUUGAAGCCUUGGAGAAAGCUGUAGCUAGAACCGAAAUAAACAAAAUUUCAGACGAGGAUAUAGCUAAGAUUGCCCAACAAAUUGAUUUUUCUCGUGUCAGUCUGGAAGUUCUAAUAAGAGCAGCAAGCAACGAACGAAUGCCAAAGCAAGCAGUGCUGGAAGGCUCAUUAGUACAAAAUUUUCGACAAAUUUUAGUCCUACGUAUUGGGUUUAGUGAUGAAUGUUUUCUUAUAACUGCAGCCAUUUGGUCCCCACCAACUAUGGCUGCCACAACCGGUCUGGGACCACUUGUGGCUGCAAAAACUGGUCCUUCGGUAGUUGCUGCUGUUGAAUUUCUUUUUGCAGCAACGUGCAAACGUCUUACAAUCGAAGCAUUCUUAUGA